UCCUUGGCAACAGUCCGCCAUAUUUUGUAAUCAUAACAUUAUCACGUUUGUACUAACAGCAUUGAGCUCGAGUAGUGAGUGAAUAAAAAAAAAAUGUCGGAUACCGAGGAACAGAUGGGAGAAGAAGAAGAGGAAGUACGUGAAGGUGGUGAUGAAGAAGAGCAACUAGGCGAAGAAGAGGAGAAAUUAGGAGAAGAAGAGGAAAAACAAGAAGAAGAGGAGGAAGAAAAAGUUCCUGAAAAUCCACUGACAGAGGAGAUAGUGGGGGAGUGUUUGUCUUUACUAUGCAAAACGGGUGAUGGUUUAGCCCAUGCAUAUGUCAGAUUAGACAUUCAUGAAAGAGAAAUUACAGAUAUCAGUAUACUGAAAGCUUUCAUUCAUCUCCGAUACAUCGACCUGAGUGGAAAUAAAUUGAAGGAUAUCAGCUCUCUCAGUGUAUUGACACAUUUGCUUACAUUAAAAGCUGACAAUAACUUACUCACAACAGCAAAAUUAGAAGAAAUGCCAUUCUUACAGAUUGCCAGCUUCAACAAAAAUAAAAUUAAAUCCCUGGAUGGAGUGAAUCACCCUAUGUUGGAGCAUCUAAGUCUAAAUGAUAAUGAAAUAACCCAAGUAUCUGGAUUGGAUCCAAUUAAGCUUUCACGCCUUCAUACACUGGAGCUCAGAGGAAACAAACUAGAAACCACUGAUGGUGUUAGUCUUCCUAACUUGAAGAAUUUAUUCCUGGCUGCUAACACAAUCAAGAAAGUGGAAGGACUUAAUCGACUGCAGAGUUUAACAACUCUUCAUUUACGUGACAACCAAUUAGAAAGUUUGGACGGAUUUGUUGAGGAAUUGAAAAUGUUACAGUAUAUCAACUUCAGAGGAAAUAAUAUUACUUCACUGAAAGAAUUACAGAAACUCCAAACACUGCCCAUGUUGAGAGCACUUGUAUUAUCAGAAAACCCUGCCGCUGAGGAGGAGGAUUACCGACUUGAGGUGCUGAUUACACUGAGGAAGCUGGAGAGACUUGAUAAAGAAGAGUACAAUGAUGAGGAACGUGAGGAGGCAGAGCAGAUCUACGAGCAGAGGAGGCAGGAGGAGCUAGCAGCAGAGAACACUGCCGAGGGAGAACAAGAAUGAAGAAGGUUCUGAAGAAGAUGAUUAACAACACAAAAGCCCGUGAAUGAAAUCAUUUAUAAAUGUGAGGACAAGUGCAUUAUUUUCAAGCCUAGCGAGAAAAUUACUUCAAAGACAACAAAAUUUCUGUGAUAUUUAUCCAAUUUAUUUUCGUAUUGAGUUAUAUCAUGAAUUAUUUCAUGUAGUUGCUCUUUAACAUUUGAUAGGGAAAUAAACUGUUUUACUCAU